GGUGCCAAUUAAAUGCUCGUGGCCGUCUGGGGCCAGAGCUGUGGACAGCGGCAUGGCCGAGCCCGGGCCGGAGCCCGAGCCGGGGCGCGCCUGGCGGGUGUUCGCCCUGUGCGGGGCCGCAGUAUUCCUGGCAGCGGUUGCUGCCGGAGCAGCCCUUCUGGCGUGGAAUCUGGCCUCCUCGGCCUCGCGGAGGCCCCGCUGCCCAGAGCCGGCCGCCAACACCACGGCGCCGCCUGGAGACCCCGGACCCGAAGUGGAGGAACUUCGGCGCCGACUGGCAGAGGCUGCCCGGCUCGAGGAGGCCCUGACGAAGCGGCUGAAGCAGGCCGAGCGUGUCCGCCGGGAGCUGGAGGAGGCCCUAAGGGCCUGUGAGGGCCGCCAGAGUCGGCUUCAGACCCAACUGAUGACUCUGAAGACUGAGAUGGAAGAGGCCAAGGCGCAGGGGACCCAGAUGGGGGCUGAGAACGGGGCGCUCACAGAAGCCCUCGCGCGCUGGGAGGCGGCGGCCGCUAAAUCUGCGCAGCAACUGGACGAGGCGCAGCGGCGCGCACGUACGGCCGAGGCGGAGGGCGAAGCCUGCGCAGCCCGGGAGGCGGCGCUGCGCGAGCACGUUAAAGCCCUGGAAGCCCAGACGGGCCCCCAGCGCAGAGUUUCCCAGCCCCGGACCCGCUCCGGGUCCCGACCCCGGCCCAGCCCCCGCUCGCGCUCUCGCCCAGGAACUUCCGGGGGCUGCAGGCGACCUACGCGGCGCGCACGAGGGUGAGUCGGCCCCCAGCUGGACGGGGGCUCGAGACCAGGAGGACAGACCCUGGGAGCCCUGCAGGGACAAUCAGAGAGGUGCCCAAGCUGGAUGAAAUGCUCAGUCGACACCCGUCCACGCUCAGCUUUUGACCCAGCGGCAACCCUGAAACUGUGCUGAAAGAAGACACGACCCUGUCUUUCUGACCAUCUAGUACCUAUCUACAGACGGGAAUACUGAGGUCCACUGGGUCACAAAGGGAGAUCGUGCAGAGCCGGGACAUAAGUCCCCUCUAAGGACAAGGCCAGUGUUGCCCUCAUCUCUCGGACAUGAGGACUUAGGGUCCAGCCCUGAUCUGGGAGUGACCUGAAGGGCUCGCUUCUCCUGUCUCGUCCUCAGUUUACCUUAUCUGUAAAAUGAAGGAUUGGAAUGGUGAGGGCCAGCAUAUCCUUGACACCAGAACCUGACAAAAAUGGCACAAUAGGAAAACUCCAGAUCUCUCUCCCUUUGAGGGUACAAAGCUCCCAAAUGAAAUUUUAGGAGAACCAAGUAAUACAUGACAAAGGGACAUAGGCCUGAGAUGCAAAGAUGGUUCAGUAUUGGGAAGUCUGUUAAUAAAAUUCUCCAUGCUAAAAAAAAAAAAAAAUUGCCAUGCUAAUGGAUCAAAUGAAAAGCAUUCUGAAAAGGUCAUCAAAAUAGCAAAAAUUUCAUGUGAGAUUAUACAGUAUUUGUCUUUCUCUGACUUACUUCAGUUAACACGCUCUAGAUCCAUCCAUGUUGUUGCAAAUGGCAAGAUUUUUUUAUGAGCCUAUUAUAAGCAGUAUUCCAUUGUGUGUAUACAUACAUUGUGUGUGUGUGUAUAUAUAUAUAUAUGUAUACAUAUAUUAAAUUUUCUUUAUCUAUUCAUCUGUCAGUGGACACUUAGGAUCUGAUCUCCAGACUGUAAUCAGAUUUUGCCAACUAUUUUGAUAAUGUCCUCUAUAACAAAAGAUUACCCUGGCUUACACAUGUAUUAAUCUGGAACAUUUCUCAAUCUGUCUUUGCCAAUGACGUUGGCAUUUUUUUUAAAGCCCCAGGCCAGUCAUUCUGUGGUGUCUGAGUUUGGGUUUUUGUGGCUUCCUCAUGAUUAAUUUGAGGUUAACAUUUUUGGCAGGAAUGCCUCAAAAACAAUUCAACUUAAUAUUAUCUUCUGGUGGUAUGACUAUAUAUAGAAAACCCAAGAGAAUUAACGGAAGCUUUCCUAUAUCCAAAACAACGAGGUAGAAAAUCCCUUGGAAGACAAGAAAGAUCCAUUUCACAUAGUGUUUCAUAUCCAGGAAUAAGCUACUUUCUUUAUUAUGUAAGAAUCUCUCCUAAAUUAAUUUUUCAAAAAAUAAUUCAGUAGAGGGACUUCCCCGGUGAUCCAAUGGCUAAGCCUUGGGGCUUCCAAGGGGGGAGCCUGGGUUUGAUCCCUGGCUGGGGAACUAGAUCCCACACACACCAGCUAAGAGCUCCUGUGCCACAAUGAAGAUCCUGCAUGCUGCGACUGAGGCCCGGCACAGCCAAAUAAAUAAAUUUUAAAAAUAACUCGAUAGAAAACAGGCAAAGAAUACGGGCAACCAGUUCAUAGAAGCAUGCAGAUAAAGGUGCCCAGGCUCACUCCUAGAGAAGAAAUGCCGACUGAAACAACCCUAUGGUACCACUUUCUGCCCACUGGUUUGGCAAGGACAGAAACAAAAACAAGUUAAAAGUCUGUGACUAUACACAGUACUGGUGAAACUGCUUGUUGGUACGACUAUUUGGGAGGGCCAUUUUCUAGACUCUCUCAAAAUUAAGUGUUUGACCCAUCAAUUCUUCUUCAAGCAGUUUUCCUGCAGCCAUAUUUUUUAUCAAGAACAUUUUAAUCUACAGUCACUUUUUAAUUAUAGUCUUGGAUACUAAGAACCCAGCAGAGUACUUUAUUCAGUUUUCACUUUUUUUGGCCACACAGCCUGAAGAAUCCUAUUUCCCUGACCAGGGAUUGAACCCAGGCCCUCAGAAGUAAAAGUUUGGAGUCCAAACCACUGGACUGCCAGGAAGUUCCCAACAACUAUAUUUAAACGCAUACAAAAUAAUGGACUGAAUGCAGUGGAGAAUCCUGCGUUUGGAUAUUGGAACAGAAAACGCUUAGUGAGGAAAUGAAAUAAAGUCUAGAGUUCAGUUCACUGUAAUAUACUAAGAUUAAUUUCUUAAUGUUGACAAAUGAACUAUGGUAUAUAAGAUGCUAAUGAGGGAAGAAGCUGUGUGAGGGCUAUUCAGAGACUCUGUAUUAUCUCUGCAAAUUUUCUGUAAAUUUAAAACAUUCCAAAUAAACAGUUUACUUUUUUAAAGAUAA